GCUGUUAAUGAUGACAAAAAGGAAAAGAAAAUUUUAUGAUGACGUUGACUCAUGUCCAUCACUUUGCUCCCUUCUUUUCAGUGUAAUGUAUUAAAAUAGUAGUCAGUCUAACUGUAAAUGUUCUGUUUCUAUUUCCAUUUCCCAAAGCAGAUCCAGCAAUCAUGGCGGUGAGCAACAGCAUCACGGCGAUCCUCAACUUCGUGGCGAUGAUGUGCUCCUUCCCCAUCAUCGCCGCCGGCGUCUGGCUGGCGUCGCGGGCGGACAACGAGUGCCUCCUGUGGCUCCGGUGGCCGCUCGUCUUCCUCGGCCUCGCCUUCCUGCUGGUCUCCGCCGCCGGAUUCGUCGGCGCCUACUGGAAGAAGGAGGGCCUCCUGGCCAUCUACCUCGUCGCCAUGUUCAUCCUCAUCGUGGUGCUGCUCGUCAUCCUCGUCCUCGCCUUCGUCGUGACGCGCCCCGAUGGCGGCGCCGUCGUGGGCGGCGGGGUGGGGUUCAAGGAGUACAGGCUGGAUGGGUUCUCGUCGUGGCUCAGAGAUCAUGUUACUGCCACUGAUAAUUGGGGGAAGAUAAGGGCGUGUUUGGCUGCUUCCCAGAUUUGUCCUAAGCUCACUCACAAGUUUGUUUCUGCGCCCGACUUCUUUGCUGCUCAUCUUUCUCCUCUGCAGUCAGGAUGCUGCAAGCCUCCACUGAUGUGUGGGUUGGAAUACUCGAGCCCGACGACGUGGUUGGGGCAGCCUAACCUAGCAGCGGGUGCGGACUGCGGCGUGUGGAGCAACGAUCCGAGGCAGCUAUGCUACAACUGCGAUUCAUGCAAGGCUGGGCUGCUGGGAAACCUAAGGGAGGAGUGGAGGAAAACCAACGUCAUCCUCAUCAUCACAGUAGUGCUCCUAAUUUGGGUUUACCUCAUCGCUUGCAGCGCAUACAGGAAUGCUCAAACCGAGCAACUCUUCCGCAGAUACAAACAAGGUUGGGUCUGAUCAUCAUCAUCAUCAUCAUCAUAUGUACGUAAUUAAGUAGCAAUUAAUUAAUAAAGGUGGUGCGACUGCCACAUGCAUGUUUCUUUAUCA